AUGGCCACGAAGAAGAAGAUCGCCGUCAUGACCUCGGGAGGUGACUCCCCUGGCAUGAACGGUGUCGUUCGUGCUGUGGUCCGCAUGGCCAUCCACCUGGGCUGCGAUGCCUACUGCGUGUACGACGGAUACGAGGGCCUCGUCCAGGGCGGCGACAGCAUCAGAAAGGCCGAAUGGCGGGACCGUAAGGGUCGCCUCACCGCCGCCAAGAACAUGAUCCUCAGCGGCAUUGACGCCAUCAUCAUCUGCGGUGGUGAUGGUUCCCUGACCGGUGCCGACAAGUUCCGCGCCGAGUGGCCCUCCCUCCUCGAGGAGCUCGUGUCAACCGGCCAGCUCAAGCCCGAGCAGGUGGAGAAGCACAAGCACCUCAACAUUGUCGGUCUUGUCGGAUCCAUCGACAACGACAUGUCCGGCACGGAUGCCACCAUUGGCUGCUACUCUGCCCUCGAGCGCAUCUGCGAGAUGGUGGACUAUAUCGAGGCCACUGCCUCGUCCCACGCACGCGCCUUUGUCAUCGAGGUCAUGGGUCGCCAUUGCGGCUGGUUGGCCCUCAUGGCUGGCGUUGCCACGGGAGCCGACUUCAUCUUCAUCCCGGAAAAGCCUAGAGACGACCACUGGGAGGAAGACAUGAGUGCCAUUGUGAAGAGACACCGCGCUCUGGGCAAGCGCAAGACCAUUGUCAUCAUUGCCGAGGGCGCUCACGACAGGCACGGCAACAAGAUCACUUCCGAAAUGGUCAAGAACAUCCUGGCGAACAAGGACGGCCUUGCUCUCGACACCCGCAUCACUACACUAGGCCACGUCCAGCGCGGCGGCACCGCCGUGGCGUACGACAGGAUGCUCGGCACCCUCCAGGGUGUCGAGGCCGUCAAGGCUGUCCUCGAAGCAACGCCCGAGACGGAGACGUGCUUCAUCGCCAUCACAGAGAACCAGAUCACACGAAGACCCCUUAUGAAGGCUGUGCAAGACACCAAGCAAGUCGCCAAGGCAGUUGAUGCCAAGGAUUUCGAAACGGCCAUGGGCCUUCGCGACACCGAGUUCGCCGAGAUGUUCACUUCCUACAUGAUGACAACCAAUGUCAGGGUGGACGACGCUCUACUGGAAUCCAGCGAGAGGAUGAAGAUUGGAUUCAUCAACGUCGGCGCCCCUGCCGGCGGCAUGAACGCCGCAGUCCGCGCCGGCGUGGCCUACUGUAUCUCGCGGGGCCACGAACCCAUCGCCAUUCACAACGGCAUGGAGCUGGUCGCCAACCUCAUCGAGCAGUACCAGUUCGAUGCCCUCUUCCUGAUCGGUGGUUUUGAGGCCUUCCAUGCCGUUUCGCAGUUGCGCAAGGCGAGGGACCAGUACCCGUCGCUCUGCAUUCCCAUGUGCCUGUUGCCGGCCACCAUAUCGAACAACGUCCCGGGCUCGGAAUACUCGCUCGGUUCCGAUACUUGCCUGAAUGAGUUGGUAAACUACUGUGACAAGAUCAAGCAGUCGGCGUCGGCUACGCGCCGGCGAGUCUUUGUCGUUGAGACGCAGGGCGGCAAGUCAGGCUACAUCGCGACGCUCGCAGGCCUCAGCGUGGGAGCGAGUGCCGUAUACACGCCUGAGGAAGGGCUCGACCUUGAGACGCUCGCAUCCGACGUGCGCCACCUGCGUGAAGUAUUUGCCCACGAUCGGGGCAUGACCUCCUCGGGACGUCUCAUCCUCGUCAACGAGAAGGCAGAUUCGGUGUUCAACGCCAAGCUCAUUGCGGACAUUAUCCGCAAGGAGGCCCGGGGCCGUUUCGAAUCGCGCGACAGUAUCCCCGGCCACGUGCAACAGGGCGGCGUGCCAUCGCCGAUGGACCGAUGCCGCGCGGUGCGUCUGGCAAUCAAGUGCAUGCAGCAUCUCGAGGAGUUCCGACCCAAAUCGCAUAACAGGUGCAAGAAGGACCCGAUGAGCGCGAGCGUUAUUGGCAUCAAGGGCGCACAGGUGACCUUUACGCCAAUGCAGGAGCUCGAGGAGCAGGACACGGACUGGAAGAACCGCAGGCCCAAGGCAACGCACUGGGCGCACAUGAAGAACGUCGUGGACAUUCUCGGCGGGCGCCCUCAACAUACGCAGGGCGAGCAGCCUCUCGAGGGACUCAUGGCGAAGGAUGUGAAGCGCGGUUUGGCGUAUGCCUGA